AUGAAGACACUUCUGGUUGGGUUCCUCCUUGGCCUGGCAUACGUGGAGUUGGCCCAGUCCUUACGAUGUUACACCUGCAAGGAGCCAACAGACAUUGCAAAGUGCAGAACACCCACCCUGUGCCCCCCAAAAGCCACUGUGUGCACCACAACGCUGCACUCUGUAGACUCAGGUUACCCCUUUUUUGGCAACAUCACUGUGACCAGAGGCUGUGAGGAGGAAUGUCUUGCCUAUAAUGGGAUAGGAUCAAACAAACCCAAGUCAUGUUGCUACACCGACCUCUGCACCGAUGACACCAAGAGCAGCAAUGGGAUAGGAAGCAGCUCUCCAGCACUAGGUCUGAUGGCCAUGGUUGUUGGCACAGUCCUCCAGUGUGCUCUGUAA